AUGGAGAAUGCAAUACGAAAUAUAUUUUCUUACUGGAGUAUUUAUUUAUUUAUUUGUAAUGUAACGAAAGUUAAUGGUGGCGGAGUGCUGUAUCUGUACAGACCUAAAGACAUUACUUCGGAGUGUACUUUUUCGAACCAGUUAAACUUUGACAUAACAUUUGGAAUGGGAUUGUCAGAUACAAUCACGCUGAUAUUACGCAACCUAGAUACAAUCACUUAUGAAUGCAGUAUUGAAAUCGUUACGAAAUCCAAAGAAUAUACCAUUUUAUUAUCUUUACGAUUUCCAACAAACUUUAAUACGCAGUGUGAACUUAAUCGAGAAGCAUUUGUAAUUUACAAAAGAAAUAAAUGUCGUCGCUUAUGUGAUUUCGAAGACCUUUACCAAACUGAGAGAUAUGUCACGACGACGGUCUCAGGAAGGUUACGUCUACAUUUCAUAAGUAACAGCACCAUCAACACAGAGUUAAAUGCAGAUAUUUAUCAAAUAACCGCAACAUCAGCUCGAAAACGAUCAUUGAGUAAUUGUUACCCUCGUAACGAGUCCACUUGUACUAUAAAUAAUGUAACAUAUUGUUAUACUAGCGGUGUCGUUUGCGACGGAAUAAAGAACUGCGGUAUCAAUGAUUGGUUCGACGAGCACCUCUCAAAAUGCAGUUUACCUGUUGAAAAACUUGGUUACGCCCCAGUUAUAGCAGUAAUAGCUGCAGUUCUUUGCGCGAUAGUAGCAAUUGGUCACAUUCUAAUGAGACUCUUCCCGCCUAUAACAAAUUCAUUUUUUAUAUUCAACGCUAAUGAAGACAACAGAUUGUGUUUGGACAGUGUUUAUAAGGCACCAGAUUUCGAAGAUUACCGUUGGGAAAAAAGAAGAAAAACGUCAGUCAUACCUGUUUUGUCUAGUUCUUCGUUUAGUACGUUGUCGAGUGUGGAUCAUGUUAUAAACGUGAUGCAUGAAAUGGAUAAGAAGAAUAAUUCAGGGAGAAUAACACAAGAAAGGCAACAGAAAUGGCAGAGAAAGAAAACAAUGUUCAAGUCAAUGACGGAGACUAUUCAGAAAAGAAUAUUGUCAAUAGCUAAUCGAGGACAGAUAAAGUUUAAUACUAGAGAAUCCACUUCCGAGAAUGCUGAACGCAUUUAA